GCUUCCGGUAAAAACUGUGUGAUAAACAACACGAUAGGUUUGAUAAAUGAGAAUGACCAGCACCCUAGAAAAAGACAAACCUGAGUACAGUCCUAAAGAGAGCAACCUAGCUAGCUGAAUGAACAUGGAACCUCUAGAUAAUAACCAUUUUCUCUACUGUGGAGAAUGCAACAAGGAGCCAGAAGUGCACUGCCCUGCCCAUGGACCCUAUAACUACAUACAGGACAAAGAGGUGCCAGAAGGGGACCCUCUUAAAGCUGAGCAUACCUUGCCAGAUUGCCUUACAAUCAAAACAUCCAAAUUAGCUGGAGCUGGUCUUGGAGUGUUUUUUAAGGAGGGACUGCAAUCCAAAAUCAUGUUCGGACCGUAUGGGGGCGCUAUCAUCAAUGGCAACCACAAGUCAGGAUAUUGCUGGAAGGUUCGGGAUGGCAAAGAGGGCACAGCGACCUCUAACUGGAUGAGAUACGUGAACUGUGCAAUGAAGGAGGCAGAUACGAACCUUGUAGCAUUGCAGAACAAAGGAGGCAUCUAUUACUGCACAUUGAAGCCAGUUUCACCAGGAGAGAGACUCUUCAAGUGUGAGGUGUGUGGUCAUGCAUGUAACAAAAGUGGUAACUUGAAGAACCACAUGAGGAUGCAUACAGGAGAAAGACCGUACAUUUGUGAAGUGUGUGGUAAAACAUAUAAACUGAGGGAUAACUUGAAAACACACAUUAUGAAACACACAGGAGAAAGACCGUACAAGUGUGAGAUCUGUGACUAUUCAUGUACACGUAGUUGUGACUUGAAGACCCACAUGAAGAAACACACAGGAGAGAGACUGUACAAGUGA